AUGAAUGAAAAUAAUAACAUAUCUGAUGUAUACGAAAAGAAUCUUUUAUUAGCUUCUAUUCGAAGAGAAGCAAAAGAAAAUAUGGAAAUUAGCGAUUUAAAAAAAUUUAAAAGAGAUAUUUUUGAUAGUAAUGAUUUUAUUAUAUAUAUUGAAUUGAAAUUUGAAAAUUUGAUUAUAUCAAGAUAUUUAUUUGAAAUAAGUAAAGAAUUUAAUACUCCUAUUCGAAAUAGUGUACAAAUAACAAGAUUUAUAAUUAUUAAAAGUAAAAACAAAAUUAUGGGAACCUGUGUUCCUAAUGCUAUAAUAUUAUGCUAUAAAAAUGAUAAAGAUAGUAAUAUUAUUUUAAAUAAUAUAAUAAAAGAGUUAGAAAAAAACUAUUAUAUUUAUUUAAAAUUAGAAGAAUUUAUAGAAAAUACUUCUGAUAAAAUUGAGAAAUAUUUAUUGUCAUAUAUAAUUCAGUUUACUUUAGUUUGUAAAUAUCUAGAAAGUGGAAAAUGGUUUCAUGUAUGGGAUAGCAUGGAUACUAUAAUUGAAUCCAAAUUUUGUGGUAAUAAUAGUUGCAAAUAUUUUAAUUGUAUUGGUUUUAAAUUUAAUGUAUUAAAUAAUGAUUACAAUGUAUUAAAUGAAACUAAAAGCAACAUACACAUUAUUAAAAUGUAUUUAAAAGUUACCAUAAAUAUUUAUAAAAUAUUACCACUUGAUAAUAUAUGCGAAAAUAUGAAUGUUUACUGCUUACCUCGUUGUUCAAUGCAAGCAACUAUCUUAAAUAUUUUAGAUUCAUCAAAUAAUGAGAAUUUUAACUAUAGAGAUUAUUGGUUAGAUAUACAUGGGUAUGUUCUUAAUGAAGCUUCUAUAGAAAAAAUAGUAAGAGUUAAAUUAUAUAAAGGUGUAUUUAAUUACCCAAUUGGGGUUUUAUUAAGAGAUAAUAUUUAUAAAAUAAAAGUACCUAUUAAAAAGGAUCAUUUUUUUUAUAUAUGUGAAUUUUUAAAUAAAUUUGAAUUAUUAAAAAAUAGUAAAAUUAAUUUAUUAAAAUUUUCAGAAAAUUUAAAAUUUGACAAUAUAUAUAAUGAUUUAAAUUGUGAUCAUAUAAAACUAAAGAAUAUGGAGAAUGAAGAUUUUUUUAAUAAAAUAAAAUUAUUAUGUAAUAAUGAAUUUGACGAAAAAUUUAUAGAUGAAAUAUCAAAUGAAGGUAAACAAGUUAAUUUAUAUAAUAAUGGAUAUAAUAUAUAUUGUAAUACUUUAAGCAAUUCAAUGAAAUCUAUAAAUUUAAAUUUUUCAAAUGAUAAUAAAAUAAACAAAUGUAAUACAUCCAAUCCAGAUAAAACCAUAGAUAUUUUUUUAAAAGAAUCUGCAUUAAACUAUAUUGCUGCAGAUAACAGGGAAAAUGAACACAAUAUUUUGAACAAAAAUGAAGAUGAUAAGGAUGAUAAUUCAAAAAAUACUUAUGACAACUGUAAAGGUGAUAUCAAAAACAAAAAUGCUCAAAAUAUUUAUAAUUCGGAGAAAAAAAAUUUUAGUAGUACCAAAGAUAUAGAUUGUCAAAAAAAAAAUAAUAACUUAGACAAAUUCUUAAAAGAUGUUACAAGUAAUUUGAAAUUUCCAAAUAAUAAUAAUAUGAAGGAUAUUGAUUUUUUUGAAAAUGUUAAUCCUGAUAUAAUAUUUUCAAAAGAUUUUCAAAAUUUUCUUGAUAAUUUAGAAGAAAUUCCACCAUCAGAGGAAAAACUAAAAAAAAUUGAUUUUAAUGAAAGAGACAAAAAAAGACCUAAUUUUUCUAUAAAUAGCCAAUUAAAUAAUGAAAAUAAUGAUAAUAAUAAAAAAUAUUUGAAUGCAAGUCAUCAAGUUUUCAACACUUCGAAAUAUGGUAUUAAUAAUAGUGAUUAUGUAAAAAAUAAUAAUAAUGAAUAUAAGAUAAUUCCUCUUAAAAAGGAACUAGUUGAAAUUAAUAGUUCACAAAAUAAUAAAACAAUCAGUUGUGUAAAAAAUAAAAAUACAAACAUAAGAAAAAACCAAAAUUUAUUUAAGUCUAAUCAAGAAAAAGAAAAGAAUUUUUUUGAUAAAUACAAUGAAAAUAAUCAUAUGCAUUCUUCCGAUAAUUUAAAUGAAAAAAGUAAUUCUCUUAAUUUAAAAGAAAUACAAAAUAUGAAAAAAAAAAAUCACAUAAAAGAUAGAAUAAAUGAAGAAUCUUGGGAGCAAAAAAAAGAAUAUAUUAUUACAAAAAAAAAAAAGAUAUAA